UCUGAUACCAUCGUGUUUUCAGUUUUCUCCAUUGGUGGGAGAAGAACGUUCGAGGACAGAUCUGAGAUUGGAAGAGAGGUCGGGUAGGGCUAGGGUUAGGGUUUUUGGUUCUGCAUUUGUGAGGAAAAAAAGGCAGAGAUGAGAGAGAUUAUAAGCGUGCAUAUAGGACAAGCGGGGAUUCAGGUCGGAAACGCAUGUUGGGAGCUUUACUGCCUGGAACAUGGCAUCCAGCCCGACGGAAUGAUGCCUAGUGACACUUCGUUUGGUGUCGCACACGACGCUUUCAACACCUUCUUCAGUGAGACUGGUGCGGGCAAGCAUGUGCCUAGGGCUGUAUUUGUUGAUUUGGAACCAACUGUUAUCGAUGAAGUCAGGACUGGUGGUUACCGACAACUUUUCCACCCCGAGCAGCUUAUUUCUGGCAAGGAAGAUGCUGCCAAUAACUUUGCGAGAGGACAUUACACAGUUGGCAAGGAAAUUGUAGAUCUAUGCCUUGAUCGAGUAAGGAAAUUGGCUGACAACUGCACUGGCUUGCAGGGGUUUUUGGUGUUUAAUGCUGUCGGUGGUGGCACUGGUUCUGGUCUGGGGUCUUUGUUGCUAGAGCGCUUAUCGGUAGAUUAUGGGAAGAAGUCAAAACUCGGAUUCACAAUCUAUCCUUCUCCACAGGUCUCAACCGCAGUUGUAGAGCCCUAUAACAGUGUUCUUUCAACUCAUUCUCUUCUGGAGCACACUGAUGUGGCAGUGCUUUUGGACAAUGAGGCUAUAUAUGAUAUUUGCCGAAGAUCCCUAGAUAUUGAAAGGCCAACCUACACCAAUUUGAACAGAUUGAUAUCUCAGAUUAUAUCAUCCUUAACAACUUCAUUGAGAUUCGACGGAGCCAUUAAUGUGGAUAUUACCGAAUUCCAGACCAACCUUGUUCCAUACCCCCGUAUCCAUUUCAUGCUUUCAUCAUAUGCGCCCGUCAUCUCAGCUGAAAAAGCAUAUCACGAGCAGCUGUCUGUUCCUGAGAUUACAAAUGCAGUAUUUGAGCCAUCAAGUAUGAUGGCCAAAUGUGAUCCAAGACACGGGAAGUACAUGGCAUGCUGUUUGAUGUACCGUGGGGAUGUUGUUCCCAAGGAUGUUAAUGCUGCUGUUGCUACCAUUAAAACCAAGAGGACAGUUCAGUUCGUUGACUGGUGCCCAACUGGCUUCAAAUGUGGUAUCAACUACCAGCCCCCAACAGUUGUACCCGGAGGUGAUCUUGCCAAGGUGCAGCGAGCUGUUUGCAUGAUCAGCAACAACACAGCAGUUGCAGAGGUGUUCUCGCGCAUUGACCACAAAUUCGAUCUCAUGUAUGCCAAGAGAGCCUUCGUCCACUGGUACGUCGGUGAAGGCAUGGAGGAAGGAGAGUUCUCCGAAGCACGUGAGGAUUUGGCUGCUCUCGAGAAAGAUUAUGAAGAAGUUGGUGCUGAAGGUGUGGAAGAUGAUGAUGAUGGAGAAGAAUAUUAAUGUACCUUUCGAAAGGCAAGAUCAGAUUGGUUUGUCUGUAACUCCCAACAAUUCCGAUCCCCUCCCCCCCCCUUAUAUGCUAUGUUCUUGUGUCUGUGUCGUUCAUGAAAAUGUGUUUUGGUGAGAUAUCAUUUAAAUGGUAAUUCAAAUUUGGUUUCGCGCA